GCAAGAGAUAUGAUAACUGGAUAACACUCUGUGUUUUUAGCUUGCUACAUAAAUAGAUACGCUAGCCUAUUAUCCACAUUAUGACUGACUUAUGAUCAUUGCCCUUGCUAGUUUGAUUGUAUUGACAUUCCCAGCCUUAGUUACAUUCGUUCAUUUUUGUCCAGAAUAUUGAGUCAUUGAACCUGAAACAGUUCAGGAGGCAGCAAACAAUGUACCAGGCCAGCUGUGAUUUACAACCUGAUAGCAAUAUUGUUGGGACUACCAAGAAAUGUAUUGGUGAAUUAUAUUAAUCAUUCAUCCAUCUAUUCUGCCCACAAUGCCUUAGUGUACUUAUAAAGUUGGUUUUGUAGCAUAAACUGGGAAUGUGAUAUUUUUUACUAAUAUUAUGAUUUUCUGUUUGUUUCAUAUCUGCAAAGUAGUUAAAAUGCUGUCAUUUCCACUUUAAGUGUUUCCUUUAUGUUGGCAGUUACCUAGUGACUUUUGAAACUGACCGGAUUCCAGUAGUCCCACUCUAGCUCUGUGGCUUUUCACAGUCACAUCACCCUGGGUAUGUGGCUGGGCUGAGGAGAGAGAUGUGAGAAAGACAGAGGAAGAAGGUUAGUGGAGAGAAAGAUAUUGUGAAAUGAAGCGAUAGGGAGUAGAGGUAGAGAGAGGCGAGGGGGGGGAAAAAAGGUGAGAUAAGGGAAGAGAGAAAAAGAGAUGAGUGUGAAAGGCACUUGUUUCAGAUUUCCUUAUCGAGUCCUGAUCUUAGUCAAGGUUUUCAUCAGACAAACCACCGAGAGAUACAUGUCUGGUCAUGUUCUGACAUUGUUUACCUUCAUGGAAUAUACAUAUAACAUAUUACAGGUCAUAUUACCCGCCAUCCGUUAUCAUGAUAUAACGCGCGAGUAUCAGUUAUACCUGUAAAAAGUCGGGCUUCGGGCGAUUAAACGGAAGCCCAUUAAUUUUCAAUGUCAGAAGCGAUGUGGGCGGAGGGACCGUUGGGCGAGCAAGGCAAGGAACGUGGAAAGGGUCGGACCAACGUUGGGGAAAGCUGAAUAUAUUAUGCAAGAAUUCCCCAACAUCGCUUUGCUAUUGACCAAUCGAAGCUCACUACAAUUUCCAGCCCCUAAUGCAUUGGCUUUUGAUAUCUCACACUACCUAUGCUAGCUUGUUUGCACCAAUAGAGAGCGAUGCAAGCGUGGCUACCGGAUCUCGCCAGUUAGGAGCUGAAACUAACAAAUGCCACCAGUCAACAAUCCUAUUUUAGAAACUGAAAACAUGAAACGUAGAAGAGUUUGUGUUUUUUUCUUUUCUUAGGAUGAGUGGGAUGUUUUCCGUCACACCUCUCAUACCCACUUGCCGGUUUAUUAAAACACAGAGCCGAGAUGCCACUGAGCAUUCUCACAAGCGCGCGAUGAUUACUGUAUGUAGAAUAAUCAUUGGCUAUAAAAUGCCAUGUAAUAUAAUAGUUUAGACUGGGAAAGACAGGUACAAAGAAGCCUAAUAUUGGACAGUGUGUCAAGACAUUGUACAAACCAGUAAUGGAUGGAGAAGUUCACGUGGAAACGGAGAUGGAGUACGUCACUGUUCGGGCGCAUCCUCUCCGGAGAAGCUGGAGGCUGGCCGUGGUCCUGUCUGUUCAGAACGCGCUCGUGGCAGUUUGUUUGGCUGUUAGCUUCUAUUGCUUCUGGCUUGAGCAUCAACGUGUGUCUGAGAGGCCGGAGGAGAGUGAGAUCUACAUCCACUUUGACCCUAUUACAGGAGGUUAUCCCUCUCCGCCCUCGUUUCCUCCCCUCCCCGUCUCUGCAGGCAUCCAAGACAAUGAGCCAAUCAAGUUUAAGAGCUACGUUAACCAUACAAUGAAUCUCAGCGGCGAUAGUGGGAUUCAGGUCAGGUGUACUGGUCCUUACAUUCUGUACAUGGAGGUGUGCAGUGAGGGUCUGGAUGGACAGUUAGGCAACGGGACCCUGGAGCUGAGGGAGGGGAGUCGGGAGCUGGCCAGCUUCAGCCUGCAGGCCAGAGAAGAGGACUGUAGGGAUUCUCUCCUCCACCAGACAGUGUACCUCAGGAAGGAGGAGAUCGCCACUCUACACUUCACCUCGAAAGGCAAGAAAAACUUGGUGGUGAAGAACCUGACUCUGGGACUGCACUAUCUGCUGGGGACACAAUGUCAGCACUGAGGGGCUGGGGACAACACACAUGCGCGCAUGCACGCACACACACACGCACACACACACGCUUGCACAAGAACAGCAUUUUUAUAAUGAUGAUAUUCAGGGAAUGAUGAUGAAUGUAGAAAUGUAGAAAUACAAAUUAUUUUUGGAUAUGAUUUCAACUGUCAUGUAAUUAACUUUCAUCAAAAGUAUGAUUCCAUUGGUCUUCAUAGUAGAUCAUAUAGUUGAUAAUAAGGUGCAUGAGCUUUCGGUUUUAAUGCAACUUUUAUGGUAAUAAGUCAUUGAAUUUAAUGCCAAUUGAUCAUUGUUUCUGUGUAGUAUAUGGUUAAGAGUAUAGGUGAUUGAAAUCUAGAUACUGAUGUUUCUUCUAUUUGUUUAUCGUUAUUGUCAUAUUGUACAUUUUGAGAAUAAGAAGUCUUGUACAUCUUUAAAAUGUGUGUCACAUCAGAGUACUGUAUUUCCUGUCCCUGAUCACUGACUGGAACUGUUGGUUUAGUAUCACAUUAGUAUCACUCUUGCCUUACUAUUUACUUUCAUCUUUCUCUCUUUCUCCCUCUCGCUCGGUUUUGACAUCAUUGUAUCAGUGUACAGACAGAUGUAUUACAUAUGACUGCUCUGAAAGUGAAAGUAACAAAUGUUUUUAUUGGUUUUGAUUGGCUGGUUUUCACUACUGUUUCUGUUGUUGUUGCUGCUGUUGUGACCUUUAUGCACUUCUCCUUUUUCCAUUAGACACCCUUUUGUACUCUUUGUUUCAUAAAUAAAAUGAGAAUAUGAAA